AUGAAUGUUGAAGGGAGAAAGCUGAUAAAGAACUUUACAACAAAAUACAACAAUAAAAGACAACAAAACAAAGGAAUAAUGCAGUAAAUGUAGAUAAUGGUAUGCUGCAGAAUUGACUACGAAAAUUGAAACACUUUAAAAUGGAGAAUUUUAGACUUAGUGAGAAUGGUGAUAUUAAUGUGGUUAUAAAACAAGAACCAAUUGAUGAUGAUGGAUUUAAUAUUACCCAAUGUAUCAAAGAUGAACCUCUAGCAGCUGAAAACAAAAGUGAAAAUGGCCUGGAUAUAUCAAAGAAACAUGAUAAUACAGUGGUCACCACAGCUGCGCAUACAUAUAGACAGGAAACUAUAACAAGUAUCAAGAAUGAUGAAAAUACCAUUAUUAAAGAAGAAUAUGAUGUUCACAGUGAAGAAGGAGAACAUUUCUCAAGGGAAGAUCUUCAAACAAAUCAGUUUGCUAUUAAGCUAGAAACUGAAGAAAUGAAUGAUCACUGGGAUCCCAAUGAAAUUGAGUUCAAGGUGGAAGAUGAAGUAGAAGGAGAUGAAGAUACUAUCUAUGCAAAAGAAGAAUAUGAUGACCUUGAUGGCGUUGAUGCUGUAGCACAAAAACAACAGGACAAACUCAGUGAUCAACAAAUAAAUACUGAUUGUGACAAAAAUAACAUGAUGCUCAAUGAUAGUAAUGCGCCUGAUAAGGUCAAGCCCCAAGUGAAGAAACCACAUAAAUGUCAAGAUUGUGACAAAUCUUAUGUUCACAAAAGUGCUCUGAUUCGUCACUCAAUCAAACAAAAUCAUAAUUCGUAUCAAUGUGAUGUUUGCGAGGACUUCUUCAAAAGUUUCACAGAUUAUAAACAGCACAUGAUAAAACACCGCAAGGAUGAUAAAAAAUAUUUCAAAUGUCAGUACUGUGAUAAACAGUUUAUUAGAAAGCAUAAUCAUAAAGUACAUGAAGGCUUGCACACUGGGACAUCUUAUAAAAGCAAACAUUCUAGAGAGAAUGUGAAUAUUACUAAUAAUGAUGAGAAUGUUAAAAGUGCAGAUGGUAGUGUGUAUGCUAAUCUUGAAAGAAACAAAGUUGAAGAAAAUGAAAAAUGUGGCAUUACAAAUUGUGGUGAGAAAGUCGAUAUCAACAUUAAGGUUGAAAAUGGUAAUCUCGAAUGUGCAGAGCCACAACGGGAAAAUUAUGGUACAGAUGUUAAUCUUGAUAAAAGCAAAGAUGACAAAAAUGACAGCCUACUUAAUGAAAAAACUGAAAGAGUUUCUGGUGAUGAAUCUUCACUUCAUUGUUGCGGAAUCAAAUUCAGCUCAACAAAAACCUUAGAAGUACAUAAAUAUUUACACCAUCCUAAACCCCAAAUGAAAUGUAAUUUCUGUGAAAAAACGUUUAUUCAUAGAAAUAAAUUAACAAGUCAUGAAAGAAAGCAUACAUCAGAAAAACCUUUCAAAUGUCAAUUUUGUGAUAAAUACUUUAAAUCUCCGGGAAGCAGAAGCGACCAUGAAAGGAAUAGAUGCCAGUUUGGGAAACCAUUCAAAUGUGGACUCUGUGGAAUAGGAUAUGCCUUCUUGCCAUUGUUGAAAGCUCAUGAACAACAUAAGCACAUGAAAGACAAACAAUAAAUACGCAUGUUUGAAUUUUAAUCAACUUACGGUACAUAUUGAACACAGUUGAUGAUGAAUUAAGUAAUAAUUGUUUUGUUUUGGAAAUCUCUUCUGAUGAUGAAUACUUAUGUACAGACUAAUAUCUUUGAUUUUGGUAUACAGUAGUUCUCCAAAUACUCUUGCUUAUAGUAACACUUUAUCUUUCCUAUAUUGAAAUGCAAAUUGUUGAUAGUUAUGAAA